CCACCUUAAGAGCAGAAAAAGCAAAUAAAAAAUCAGUUGACCUUAAAAAUGAAAAGAGGGGGCUCGAUCCGGUGACGUCUCGGCCGCUGAUUGGCCGCUCUGCGGGUAUGCAAAUGAGGAGGCGGGCUCGGAGGAAACGAGUAGGUGACGUCAGUUCCCCCACUCGCAGAGAGCGAAACAAACAUGGCGAUAGACUCGAGUGGUCGGAGCUUCACGGUAACUUUAGUCCUCUUCUCUUGUGUUCUAGCGGGCAGAAGGAGCUGGUGGGCGGCGGCAGAGCCCCGGGCCGCCCCGCGGAUCCUCGGCAUGAGGCUGGAGAAGAGCGACCGGCCGGCCGCGACCACCGAGAGAGGCGUGAUCCAGGUGACCGAGGGCAGCGCCACCCUGUUCAGGUUCUACGGGCUCCACCUGCGCCCCAACAGCUCCGAGCUCAUCAAGUUCGCGGAACUUUACACCAGCACGGAGGAGAACGACGACUUCGGCGCCGUGCAGGUCCACCUGAACAGGAGCACCUGUUACGAGGACACGAAGGACAUAGAGGUGCGGGGCCCCAUGCAGGUGAGCCACCAGAACACCACCGGGGUGGUCGCGCUGCGGAUCAAGCAGCUCCGCAAGAGCGAAGCGGUGAAGGUGUUCGGCUUGUGCGUCCGCGGCGCGCAGGACAAGGACGCGCCGUGGCACCUGCUGGACGAGCAGGACGGCCGGGUGCGCGUGGUGGAGGAGGCGAAGUCCCUGCUGCCCGUCUGGCUGCAGGUGAUCCUCAUCUCCUUCCUGCUGGUGCUGUCCGGCAUGUUCAGCGGGCUGAACCUGGGGCUGAUGGCGCUGGACCCCAUGGAGCUGCGCAUCGUGCAGAGCUGCGGCACCGACAAGGAGAAGAAGUACGCGCGGAAGAUCGAGCCCAUCCGGAGGAAGGGGAACUACCUGCUGUGCUCCCUGCUCCUAGGUAACGUCCUGGUGAACACCACCCUCACCAUCCUGCUGGACGACCUCACCAAGAGCGGCAUCGGCGCCGUGGUGGCCUCCACCGUGGGCAUCGUGAUCUUCGGGGAGAUCGUCCCCCAGGCGCUGUGCUCGCGCCACGGCCUGGCGGUGGGCGCCAACACCAUCCUGGUCACCAAGCUCUUCAUGCUGCUCACCUUCCCGCUGUCCUGGCCCAUCAGCAAGCUGCUGGACUGCGUCCUGGGGCAGGAGAUCGGCACCGUGUACAACCGGGAGAAGCUGGUGGAGAUGCUGAAGGUGACGGAGCCCUACAACGACCUGGUGAAGGAGGAGCUCAACAUGAUCCAGGGCGCGCUGGAGCUCCGCACCAAGACCGUGGAGGACGUGAUGACGGCCAUCAGCAACUGCUUCAUGAUCCACAGCGACACCGUGCUGGACUUCAACACCAUGUCGGAGAUCAUGGAGUCCGGAUACACCAGGAUCCCCGUCUACGAGCACGAGAGGUCCAACAUCGUGGACAUCCUCUACGUGAAGGACCUGGCCUUCGUGGACCCGGACGACUGCACCACCCUGAAGACCAUCACCAAGUUCUACAACCACCCGGUCCACUUCGUGUUCCACGACACCAAGCUGGACUCCAUGCUGGAGGAGUUCAAGAAAGGAAAGUCCCACCUGGCCAUCGUGCAGAAGGUGAACAACGAGGGGGAGGGGGAUCCGUUCUACGAGGUUCUGGGUCUGGUCACCCUGGAGGACGUCAUCGAGGAGAUCAUCAAGUCAGAGAUUCUGGACGAAUCCGACCUUUACACUGAUAACCGCAGCAGGAAAAAGGUGGCGCCCAACAAGAACAAGAGAGAUUUCUCCGCCUUCAAACACGAGAACGAAUCAAAAGUGAAAUGUUCUCCUCAGCUGCUGCUCGCCGCCCACCGCUUCCUGGCUACAGAGGUGAGCCUGUUCAGCCCGGCUCAGAUCUCUGACAAGGUUCUGCUGCGGAUCCUUCGCCACCCCGACGUGAUCCAGGAGAUCAAGUUCAACGACAACGACAAGAGAUCAGCGCACCACUACGUCUACCAGAGAGGGAAACCUGUCGACUACUUCGUCCUCAUCCUGCAGGGCCGUGUGGAGGUGGAGGCCGGCAACGAGAACAUGAAGUUUGAGACCGGACCGUUUUCAUUCUACGGAGUCAUGGCGCUCAGUGCUCCCACUCUGGUGGCUGCACCUCGUCCUCGCCACCUCUCCUUUAAGAGGUUUUCUCUGUUCUCUCGGUUUCCAGAGUUCCGCUCGCCGUCCCACCUGAGCGGUUUGAACCGCACGUCCUCGCUGAGCGGCGCCGACCGGGCCGACUCGCUGUCCGUCAGCGGCAGCAACAGUCAGCUCAACAGCAGCAUCCCGUCGCAGCAGUACACGCCAGACUUCUACGUCCGAGCGCUCAGCGACCUGCAGUUCGUCAAGAUCACGCGGUCCCAGUACCAGAACGGCCUGAUGGCGUCCCGCCUGGACAGCACGCCCCAGUCCCCGGAGAGCGGCCACAACACCAUCCGCCUGGACCAGACCACUCCCCCCGCCACCGCCAACACCACCAUCACCGACCUGGCGGCCGACUCCACCCCGACGGAAAACGGGCCGGACGAGACGACGCUCCUCCUCCUCAACGAGCAGAACUCACCGCACACAGCCAACCACCACAGCCAGCUGGAGAACAGCAUCUGACCCCCAACACCUCCUCCAAACCCCCUCCUCCCUCCUCCUCCCUACGUUUGCAAGCAUGCACUACUACGCUCGAAUGUAUGCUGAGGAGGGGAGGAGUGUGUGUGUGUGUGUGUGUGUGUGUGUGUGUUUGUAUGUGUGUGUAUGAGUGACUGAGAAUACAUACGUAAAGAGACAAGCCAUGUGUGUGCACACACAGACACAUUAUACUGUGGGACACUCCAUCAGAAACACUCACCGCCAACCCGACAUCCACAGAAAGGAGCGUGCACACAAGCGUGCGUGCAAUUGUGCGUGCAAUUGUGCGUGCAAUCGUGCGUGCAAUCGUGCGUGCAAUCGUGCGCGCAAUUGUGCGCGCAAUCGUGCG